CUAUUGUGCUAUCAAAUACUAGAUCUUACCAUCUCAUUUAAUCUUAUAACAUUUAUAUUUCUCAAAAUCCUCUCCUCUAGAUAUUGUGUAUCUCUUUUGAGAUAUACAGUACAUUAUUAUCAACUAUAGUGGCCUUUCUGUGCAAUAGAGCACCAGAACUUGUUCCUCCUAUCUAACUGUAACUGUGCACUCAUUGAUCAACCUCUCCCCAUGCCCCUCCCCUUCCUCUCUUCAGCCUCUGGUAACCACCAUUCUACUCUCUACUUCUAUGAGAUCAACUGUUUUACAGAAAUGCUCCUUUGUGCAGAGCUCUCUUUUUGCAGAGACCCCCCUGCUCUGUGGGGAUGCCCUCCAUCUGCUACUCUUUGUCCCCUAUGGUUCAGAGUUUAUACAGCCGCUUUCCCUAACUAUUUUUCACAUGCCCACCCACUCCCCCAGCAUGGGCUGGUGAACUGUUGACUGCUCAGGGCCUGGAUGCUACUCAGUACUGAUGACCCAAACUUUCUGCCUCUUCCUGCAGCCACUAAGCACAGCUGGCAUCCUGAGCUCCUCUUCUGCCGCUUCCAACAGGUCAAGGAAUAAGGCUCGCUAUCGGACCAAAGCCGUGAGCUCUGAAGUGGAUGAGAACCUCUUUGGAGAUAUCAAGUCCCCAGCCCAGGGCCAGAGUGACAGCCCCAUUGUGCUGCUCCGAGAUAAGCAUACCCUUCAAAAAACUCUCACUGCUUUGGGCUUGGAUCGAAAGCCAGAGACCAUCCAGCUCAUCACCCGGGACAUGGUCCGAGAGCUCAUUGUUCCCACAGAGGAUCCUUCCGGGGAAUCCCUAAUCAUCAGCCCUGAGGAGUUUCAGCGAAUCAAAUGGGUAUCCCAUGUCCUGACCAGAGAAGAACUUGAGGCCAGGGACCAGGACUUCAAGAAGGAGAAGGAAGCCAUCAUGGAUGCAGUGAUGACACGAAAGAAGAUCAUGAAACAGAAGGAGAUGGUGUGGAACAACAACAAGAAGCUCAGUGACCUGGAGGAGGUAGCCAAGGAACGGGCCCAGAACCUCCUGCAGAAAGCCAACAAGUUGCGGAUGGAGCAGGAGGAGGAGCUCAAGGACAUGAGCAAGAUUAUCCUCAAUGCUAAGUGCCAUGCCAUUCGGGAUGCCCAAAUCCUGGAGAAGCAGCAGAUCCAAAAAGAACUGGACACAGAGGAGAAGCGGUUGGAUCAGAUGAUGGAAGUGGAGCGGCAGAAAUCCAUUCAAAGGCAGGAGGAACUGGACAGGAAGAGGAGGGAGGAAAGAAUUAGAGGAAGGCGGCAAAUUGUGGAACAGAUGGAAAAGAACCAGGAGGAGCGAUCACUACUUGCUGAGCAGCGGGAGCAGGAGAAGGAGCAGAUGCUGGAGUAUAUGGAACAGCUCCAAGAGGAAGAUCUAAAGGACAUGGAACAAAGGCAGCAGCAAAAACUGAAGAUGCAAGCUGAGAUUAAGCGCAUCAAUGAUGAAAACCAGAAACAGAAAGCAGAGCUGCUGGCUCAGGAGAAGCUGGCGGACCAGAUGGUGAUGGAGUUCACCAAGAAGAAGAUGGCUCGAGAAGCAGAGUUUGAGGCUGAGCAGGAGAGAAUCCGGAGGGAGAAAGAGAAGGAAAUCGCCCGCCUGAGGGCCAUGCAGGAGAAGGCCCAGGAUUACCAGGCAGAACAGGAUGCCUUGCGGGCCAAGCGCAACCAGGAGGUUGCAGACAGAGAGUGGCGCAGAAAGGAAAAGGAAAAUGCGCAGAAGAAGAUGGAAACAGAGGCCGAGCUGCGGAAAAGUCGGCUCGAACAGGUGGCUUUCAAGGAGCAUGCUCUGGCUGUUCAGGUGCAACGGGAUCGAGAUGAGUUCGAGAGGAUUCUUCGGGCUCAGAGAGAACAGAUUGAGAAGGAGCGGCUGGAGGAGGAGAAAAAGGCCACAGGGCGCUUACAGCAUGCCAACGAGCUCCGGCGCCAGGUGCGAGAGAACCAGCAGAAGCAGGUGCAGAACCGGAUUGCCACCUUUGAGGAGGGCCGGCGCCUCAAAGAGGAGGCCCAGAAACGCCGUGAGCGCAUCGAUGACAUCAAGAGGAAAAAGCUUGAAGAGCUGAGAGCCACUGGCCUUCCCGAGAAGUACUGCAUUGAAGCUGAGCGCAAAGCUAACAUCCUGCCAGCUACCUCUGUGAACUAAGGGGAGCCUUCAUGGCCUUCAGGAUGCCUUCGGGGGACAGAUUCUGCCCAGUUUCUGGGUGUCUGUAAUUGCUGCUAACCUAGACAUUUCAUAGUUACAGAUUAAAUCUAUUUGACUU